UGUGUGAACUUUGUGAAAUGUGGAUUUAAAGAAAUAUCUUUAAUCAAAAAUCAUAAAAAAGUGAUUGCUAAAUUUCAAAAAUGCUGCUAAAAUUGUUUAACAUAUGUGCCUUUAUACUGUUGAUCCCAAUCUACCCCUUUGUGGGGCUGUUCUUCCUGACCCUGCUAAGUUACGGCGCCCUCGCGAAACGCCUCAUCCGGCUGUACUAUGGCGCGACCUUUAAAGGAUUCCUCGAAGGACUGGACGCCAUCUGGAACGUUGAGACGGGAAGCUCGCGUUCGAUGCUGAACCUGCUAUUCUUCGUCGAGUCCCCCCUCGAAGGUCACUCCGACAUCCCGGAGCGGUUCCUCCGGGACAUCCGGAAAACGAUCCUCGAAAAGCUCAAAGACACCCCCCGCCAGCCAUACCCACGAAUCUUUUGGACCCGGAGGCAACGCUUCGGCUAUUGCUUCUGGACGGACGACUCCAAGCUGACCAUCGAGGACUACGUGAGGUUCAUGGAACCCAUCGGAAAGGACAGUAGUGGAGGCAGCUCGGAGCGAAAGUUCCUCGACGAGGCCCAGCUGCACGAGUUCGCUGGCAAGGUCAGCAAUCGGCACCUUCCCAACGGUCAUGCGGCGUGCUGGGAGUUGCUGAUCGGUACCGAGCCGGUUCGGCAGGGAAAAUCAGACACGGCUGCGACCGUCAAGUACCCGAUGAUGCUCCGCUUGCACCACACCGCCGGCGACGGAAUGGCCAUCGUAAAGUUGAUUUUGGACACCAUCACCGGUAACCACGCUGCGUUGGCCGCUCGUAUAUGCACCCCAGCGAAACCAGCAGAGGGCCUAAAAAUGUGGCGGUCUUAAGCUAAC